AUCGCGGCCGCGCGGGCACAGUCGCCCAGCAGAGUGCGGACCUCGCGCCGCCUUUGUCCGCCGGUGGCAGCUGGUCUCGCGGCCGCCGCCCGAGAUGGCUCCGCAGCAAGGCCGGCCCUCGUUGCCCGCCCGUUGCGAGCCGCCGGCGGCACCGCCCGUACCGCCUCGCCGGGAGCGCGGGGGGCGCGGGUCGCGCGGGCCCGGGGUGCCCGGGGGCUGGGGACGCACGGGCGGCGCCGAGGGGCGCGGCGUCAAGUGCGUGCUGGUCGGCGACGGCGCGGUGGGCAAGACCAGCCUGGUGGUCAGCUAUACCACCAACGGCUACCCCACCGAGUACAUCCCCACGGCCUUCGAUAACUUCUCGGCUGUGGUGUCGGUGGAUGGGCGGCCUGUGAGACUCCAGCUCUGUGACACUGCAGGACAGGACGAGUUUGACAAGCUGAGGCCCCUGUGCUACACCAACGCGGACAUCUUCCUGCUGUGCUUCAGUGUGGUGAGCCCCACAUCCUUCCAGAAUGUCAGUGAGAAGUGGGUACCGGAGAUUCGGUGUCAUUGCCCGAAGGCCCCCAUCAUCCUGGUUGGGACACAGUCGGACCUUAGAGAAGAUGUCAAAGUGCUCAUCGAACUGGACAAAUGCAAAGAGAAGCCAGUCCCUGAGGAGGCGGCAAAGCUGUGUGCUGAGGAGAUCAAAGCUGUCUCCUAUAUUGAAUGCUCAGCCUUGACUCAGAAAAACCUCAAAGAGGUGUUUGACGCUGCCAUUGUUGCUGGCAUCCAGCACUCAGACUCCCAGCAACAGCCAAAGAAGUCUAAAAGCAGGACCCCAGACAAGGUGCGGGACCUGUCCAAAUCCUGGUGGAGAAAGUAUUGCUGCUUGGCCUGACCUUUGCAGACAGUUGGUGUGUAAGCUGCAACAACUCUUUAUGACUUGUGGGUGUGGUCAUAGGACAAGCCCUCAAAGCAACCCCUUUCUGUCCUUAAUUUCCUGUCUGUGAAGUUAGGGUUAAGAUCCAUAUGCAAAAUAUGUUAGAGAAAUUUGGAAGUUAAGAUUUUUUCAUAACUAUGGAAACAGAGCCUUAGAACUCUGGAUUAAUUUAUAUUUCAUAUGAAAAGGGCUCUUCAAAGCUAGGUACCAGCAUGAAGUUCUGCUGCAUCACACAGGACAAAGGAGACCGUGACCCUCUCCUGAUUAAGGGCUACUGAGUGCUCACUGAAUGACACAUGUACACCAGCAGACUUGGUGAGAGUAAAUCCCAGCUUUGAAACCACACAAACCAUACCUGCUUUUGUAAGAGCACAACUCUGAAAAAAGAGAGAUGCUUCUGUCUAAAGACCUCAUACCCAUCCCUUUUGUCAUUUACUCAGACUCACUUGCUUAAGAUUUUAAAACAACCAAAACAUCCCACUGGCUCCUGGCAUUGUGCUAACUGAAGAGUACACUUGCUUGUUAUGUUGGUUUUUUUUAAAAAUCACAUGACAAGUUCAGUUGCUAUGAAAAUGGUGGAAAUGCCUCUUGGAAGGCAAGUGCUAGGUGCAGAGCUGACUUUUUUUUCAGGGAGCAACUCAUGUUGAGAUGAGAGAGUGCUCUUUGCUUUCAGGGUUGGCUUGUGCGCUGAGCCAUCUGUGUCCUGGUGAUGAAAGCAAGAGGAAGCUCUUGUCUAGGGGCUUUAGGCUGCCACGCUCACGUUGUCCUGUUUGCAAGAAGUGGGCACCUUCCUUGAGAGAAGCCAUAGUUGAUGAUUGUGGGACACACACACACCUUAAGUCUGUUGAAAUAUCCAUCUGUGUACACAUACACAGAUGACUGGUUUGCUGGUGGAACUUUGAGACACACCGAAGCAUGGUUGCAGAUGUUAGGGUGGCAUGACAUCAUUUUAUAGAAUCUUAUCUUCAUUUACACAUUUUUGAGAACAUCUUAAAAAGUGGAAUGAACACACUUUUGCUGUGCCUUCAGGGUCCUGUGAUGAGGGAGGCACUGUAUCACGGGGUAAGCAUGUCUGCCUUCUUGGUGGGGGUCAGUCAGAAGCUCAUGCUCACGAGGGUCUUGUGGCUGACCGUUGUGACAGCCCUGUGUUAGGAAAGCUCUUUCACAGUGUUGUAGGUACUUCCAAAAUGGCACAGAAGCUGUGACAAUGAAUCACCGCUUCUGGUUUACUGUGAGCAAGGUGGCCACCUGGUAACAAAAUUUUCUGUCUGUGAAUGUCUUUUUAUAUUAAAAAAACAAUCUUAUGUUUUUCUACAGAAAAAUAAAAUAAAAAUAUCAGGUCAUAUUUCUGGUCAAAGACUUCUUCCUGCUGGCAAAUAGGACCUAAACCUCUCUUUAUUAAAAUUAAAAGGCUAAUUGCUGAACCACUAGAAUAUACAAACUGUUUGUGACUGAGCCUUCAGCACAAUGCCAGUGACAUCAGCCUUGCUUUCCUGAGGUGUUUCAUUGUGACCUGAGUGGUAACAUUGCUUGACUUAUGGAAAUGCUUGUAACUGGCCUAGUGACUGAGCUUACUACCCUACUGUGCAUGGCUGUCUGGAAAGCCCACCUCCAAGUGGGGGCUCCAGAGGGUGGAUGGGGACAAGUGAGUUAUUUAAUUGUAAAUGUUAUAAUAAAAGCAAAUGUAAUGGAGACCAAGGAAAUAAGCAUUUAGAACAAAAACUUGAGGUUUUAUGCUAGAACUGUUGGGCCUCAUGCCCUGCUUCUCUGGGCCACUGGGAAGUGGCAUGAAGGAUGCUGUGUGACUGAAUUCUAGGACACUUGCUUUUAGGAUGAAUACCCUGGACUGUUCACAACACAAAUGUAGUGGGUUGCCACUGACCUGCAAGUUUUCAAUAUGUUACUACAUUCGAUGGAGUCAUAAGGUCUGACUGUACUUGAGGUUUUCCUGUAUUUUUUACUUUUUGAAAAUAGAGAUUUGGGCUGAGAAACUUUAAAAGUAUGUGCCUGGGUGAAAUUUAAAGUUGGUUCUCUUUGAAGCUGAAAAGUGGCAAAUGCACAGCUUAGUGUCUUGGGAGGAUUCUGUGAGCUGUGAGUGUAGCCAUGCCUCUUCAGCUUGACUCUCAGUGUAAGCCAACUCCCCUGAAAAACACAUUGUCGCAGGCUCCAAAACCGUCGUCUCAUCAUGUGUGCAAGCAAACUUUUGAUAACUUUAUUUUCUGCUCAACAGACAUGUGAGCAGCUACCCAGAAGUCUCAAGCCAAAAGGGGAGCCUCACUGCUCUGCAGGUGCCUUACCAACUUGUGCUUUUCUGUUUUCAUGUGUUGAAGAUGUUGAACAGAAUCUUGUACUUGAAAAUGCUAUAAAUGAGUUGCUAUGAAAUAAACUCUGACCUGUGGACAUA